AAAUUUAGUAACCAAUAAGUAGUCGGUAACUAGAAGGAACUAACACGGGUUUUCCUUGAAAGCGAUUAACCAUUUUUUUCAUCUUUAUUGGUGUUUAUUUUAGACAAUCUUUAUUUAGUUGUUGAAUAAAAUUCAAGUAUAAUCUUGUGAUACUUUCGUUUAAUUGUCUUGUGUAAAGUUUAUUGUUUUCUGUUGUUUUUAUCUAUAGUAAUGAAGUCAAAGAAACAUAAGAAACAUAAGGAUCAUCAUAAAUCUGGAUGUGAAGAUAGUCCAUUUGAGCAGAGACCGCUGAAACUUGUUCUCAAAGUUGGUUCAUCGUCUUCUUCAAAUAAUUUAGCCACUGCAAAGAAAAAGAAAAAGUCUAAAAAACAUAAACAUGGACAUCAUCGUUCUCAUCAUUCUCACCAUCAUCAUAGGCAUCAUAGAAGAAGCUCAUGCAGCCAUCAUUCAAAAUCAUCAUCAUCAUCACAACAUCAUACUAGCAGUGAACAACCACCAUAUGUAACACCACUUUCAAUCAAAACUCAUCCAAUUCCUACUGAAGUUAAUGAAGUUUUACCCUCUAAAUCACCUCCACCCCCACGGCUUGUUUCCACUGGUGGAAAAACAGGCAGCAAAUCUCAAUUUAUCCAGUUUUUGGGACAUCUUUUGAAAUUGCUUCAAAAGCGGGAUAUGCAUGACUUUUUUGCAUGGCCAGUUACUGACAUGAUUGCUCCAGGUUAUUCAUCUAUAAUUUCUCACCCUAUGGAUUUUGAUACAAUGAAAAAGAAGAUUGCCCAGGGACUUUAUGAAACAUUGGAUUCUUUUCGGUCGGAUGUUAAACUAAUUUGUGACAAUGCCAUGGUUUACAAUAUGCCUGAAACCAUCUACUAUAAGGCAGCGCGAAAAUUAUGGCAUUAUGCUAGAUGCAAAAUUUUCAACAAAAACAUUAUUCCUGAGUUAGCCAAACCUUAUCCUGAUUUAAGUCCAGGUCAACUUGGCUAUGAUAUGGAAGAAAGUCCAAUAAUGGAGAUUGACUCUUCAAUUCAAACAGUGCCAGGUAUUGAAAACUCACAACAAGACAGCUGUACGGACCCGCUAAAACUUCCAGAUAAAGAAAUGAAUGAUUUCAGUGAAAUUGAACUGAUUGAUGACGAAGAGCUGACUGCAGAACAGAUUUUAGCUCACGUGAAAAAAUCUGCAAAAAUAGCUGCUGAUAGAUUAACGUUGGAAAGACCGGAAGGGUCACAUUUAAGUUUCCUACGGCAGAAAAAUGAUGGAACCACAACAUUGGGUAUUAUUGGAAGUCAAGGCAAAGAAAAGACAGUAACAUUAGGAAGUUUAGUUGGUCAAAUAUCCGAUGGUAUUUCAUGUUUACCACCCUACAAAGAACCUGAAGCAAAUCGAGUUAAAAUGAUGGAUUCCGUCACUAUAACACCUUUCUCAUCAUUCUUACCCUCAAUGGAUUCGACCUUUGCCACUCUUAGUAAAGAAGAAACUCAAUUGUUGACAUCAACUUAUGGAGAAGAUGAAAUCGGCCUACAUUAUACACAAAGUCUACUAUCAUUUGCAAAUGAUAAUGACUAUGUUAUGAAUAUGGUUGGAUCUUUACUUGAAGUUCUAACUCAUGGUCAGCAUGGUAAAACGAUGCAUAAGUUGAAAGAUUUGCAAAAGGAAAAGGAGAGAGAAAAGGAAAAAGAGAAAGAGAAAGCAAAAGAGAAAGAAAAAGAGAGAGAAAAAGAACGAGAAAAAGAGAAAGAAAGAGAAAGAGAGAAAGAAAAGAAAAAAGAAGAGGAAAAAGAGAAAGACCAAGAAAAAGAUGGGGAUAAAGAGUCAGAAAAGGAAAAGGAGAAAGAUGGAGAUAAAGAUAAAGAUAAGAAAAAGGACGAUGAAACUGAAAAAGCCAGGAACAAAGAACAAACCAAAGACAAUACUGAUAUGGACAUUGAAAUGAUAGCCAUCGAUACAAGUUCGGAUGAUAUUCAACCUCAAUUAGAUAAAAGUUCUCAGCUUAUAAAUGAAUUACAAUCCAUCAAUCAUCAACGCUUAGCAUCUUCUACUCAACCAAUACCACCAUCUGAUGAUGAAAUGAAAUUAGCUAACCUAUUAUGUGACAAACUAACGACAUUCAUAAGUUCUCAUACAACACCAGCUGACAUCAGUGAUCCUAGAGCUAUCAGGAAAGCCUUGGGAAUACAAAUCAAAUCAGAAAACCAUUGAGUCUCAUCAUAAUUCACAUUCAUUUUCAGCAUCUUGAUCAUAUUAAUAUUUAAAGAUUUUGACCAUUCAAAAUCGUAAACUUGAUUGUAGACUCUUUACCUCGCCUUUUGUUUGUAAAACUGUUUUUGAAGUCAUCUCUCUUCGUAACCAGCUGAUCUUGAUACUUUUAUAUCAAAGCUGGUGAUAUAUGAUUAUAAAUUAAUUGUUAUUUAAUCCAAUAUUUGACAAUGAAAACUUACUUUAAUAAACAAAAAGAAUGCUUUUAGCUUAUUCCAAGCUAUCAAGAUAUUAGCUGAUAAAAAAUAA